GCCAUUUUGUUUCCUCUUAGGAAUAUGAGGCGGAGUUGUUGUCCUGUAGUUACUUCUUUCAAAGUGCUGCUUUUGCUGCUUUGUGAAGUCCCUCCCACAGACCUAUCGGCUGUCAUCCCUAAAGAUGAAUGUGGAACAAGGCCUUUGGUGGAUGAGAUAACAACAGGGACUCGGAUUAUAGGUGGACAUGAUGCUCAGAUUGGAGCCUGGCCGUGGCAAGUUAGUCUUCAAGUUUACCGAUUUGGUUUGGGAUACAGCCAUGUAUGUGGUGGAUCUUUAAUAAAUCACAACACAGUACUGACAGCAGCACACUGCAUUCGAAAAUGGGUGGAUCCAGAAUUUUGGAGGGCUGUGAUAGGUAUGCACCAUCUUUUUAGACAUCAUGCUCAUACUAUAAAGAGCCGGGUUAGGGCUAUCAUUGUCCAUGCUGACUUCAACAAGGUGACCUUUGAAAGAGACAUUGCCUUAUUUAAACUAAUGACCUCUAUCAAAUUUAAUAAAUUUAUUCAGCCCAUCUGCUUACCUGAUCGUCCUCUUGUAAUAACUACAGAGACUCCCUGUUACAUAAGUGGAUGGGGAAAUACAAAAGAAAAAGGUAGGCCAAGAGCUAUAUUACAAGAAGCUCAAGUAGACAUUAUUGAACAAACAAAAUGUAAUAGCCUGGACUGGUAUGCAGGGGCAGUAUAUGGCGAUAUGGUUUGUGCUGGCUUCGAAACUGGUGGUGUUGACUCUUGCCAGGGAGACAGUGGUGGACCACUGAUGUGCUAUUUCCCAGACUACACCAGAUAUUAUCUGGUAGGAAUCACCAGCUUUGGCUUUGGCUGCGGUAAACCAAAAUUCCCUGGAAUCUAUAUACGUACAGUAACUUAUAAAACAUGGAUAAGUACAAAUGGGAUUCUAUAUGACAAAACCACCACUGUGAGCAUUCCAUGUGUCCUGAUCUUUUUGAGUGUGGGUUGGGCAACUUUGCAUCUUGUUCUGUGAAGAGGCAAAUGCUCCAUUAUACUCAAGUGACCAUAGAUGGAUUUUCAAACUUAUUACUUUUUCCUGUUAGCAUAAUUAAAUAUUUUGAAUAAUAAUACUUUGCAAUGACAAGGUGAGAUCCUAUAGUUGCACGAGUGGAAGGUUUUAUAAUAGCUUUUAUUCCCUAUCCUUCCCUUCCAACAAUUCUCUGCAACUUCCACAAAGGCAUAGAAUCCUCCUUGCUUGUAUGUGAACAGAUCCCUUGCCUCCAGUGUAAUUCCUCUGCCAACUUUUCUUUUGGCAUGAGUAAGGCAAUUUCGCUCAAUUCACCUGCCUUAAUUCAGCCACCUGUAUACAGUGGAUUUUUUUAAAUACUUUUUUUUUUACACCAUGACAGUUCAUGACCCCAGCAAUGCUUUUUCGAGUCUCACAGAUUCCCUCCUACUGGUACAACAACAGGAUUCAGCCUAUCUACUCAAAUUUAUGUCUAGCAGACUCAUAUACAUAAUUGCCUAUAACUUAAAAAUGUAAAUUCAAAGAGCACUUAUUUAGUUACAUAUGUAUGUUUAAUAGGCUAUACAUUAUAUGAUGACAACAUUCUUUUGAACAGUGCAAAGGCUUGUCAUGUUUUAAAAUGUGCAAUAAAACAGUUUUCUAGCAUACUUUAUUCCUUCAUCAUAAUAGGAUUGAUAAAUUUAUGAAACCCAAACUGUACUAUCAAAAAUAUCAAAGUCUGCAUUCAAGGAUAUACUGAAGUAAUGUGUAUGUCAGGUGGAAAAGUUGCCAUAUUAACUACAGUAUUUUAAGAAUAAAACAUAUUUUGCAAUU